AUGGAUCCAGCGGCAUCGGGGUAUAACUGCCAUGAGAAGGCAAAGCGAGCGGACAGCGCCGACAUCCUCACGCCCUCCGCCUCGCCAACGACAGCACCAGCAUGCAGAGCUCAACCAGCACAGCCAAUUUGCAAGAACCAGCGCGGCUGGCGUCGAAUCGUCCGCAAUUUCACCCCAUCCUGGUUUUCCGUGAUCAUGGGCACUGGCAUCGUGUCCAUCCUUCUACACAACCUGCCCUAUAACGGCGCAUGGAUUUACUGGAAAUCCGUCGCCAUAUUCUGCCUAAAUGUCGUGCUGUUCGUCCUCUUCCUCGCGAUUUCAAUCCUGCGAUACGCUCUCUGGCCCGAGAUUUGGGGAAAGAUGAUACGCCAUCCUGCGCAGUCGCUGUUCAUGGGGACCUUUCCAAUGGGGCUGGCGACGAUUGUGAAUAUGGUUGUAUUUGUCUGCGUGCCCGCUUGGGGGGAGUGGGCAACGACUUUCGCAUGGGUCUUGUGGAUCAUCGAUGCUGUCAUUUCGAUCAGCAUUUGCAUGUUCCUCCCUUUUGCGAUCAUGUACUUCCAUCAAGGUACAGCACUCAACACCAUGACGGCCGUUUGGCUCCUUCCGAUAGUAUCGACCAUUGUCGCCGCGGCGUCGGGUGGCAUUGUGGCAGAGGUACUUCCAAACCCACAACACGCCCUUUGGACCAUGGUAGCGUCGUACAUCCUUUGGGGCACCGGAGUACCUCUUGCCAUGUCGGUGUUGGUGAUCUAUUUCCAGCGCCUCACAAUCCACAAGCUGCCACCACCGGAAGUCAUUGUGUCUUGUUUCCUGCCUCUGGGUCCACUGGGUCAAGGAGCUUUCGGAAUAAUGCAGCUUGGAAAAGUUGCCAGAAAGAUUCUGCCUGUUACGCACACUCUAGAAGUUGCCGCUGCAGGAGAUGUUUUAUACACUCUGGGCUGGGUUGUCGCCUUGAUAAUGUGGGGUUAUGGGUUGGUGUGGAUGUUCUUCGMCUUGUCCAGCAUUACGCGAUCCAAGUUUCCGUUCAACAUGGGCUGGUGGGGGUUUACUUUCCCUCUGGGCGUCUACACCGUGGCGACAACGACCUUUGGCAAAGAAAUGCCGUCGCGCUUCUUCAACGUGCUGGGAACGAUAUUUUCUGUUGUGGUGACGAUCAUGUGGAUCUCUAUAGCACUGCUCACCAUUCGCGAAGCAAGCUCUGGUAAGCUCUUCGUCGCGCCCUGUCUGAGCGAAACGGCGAAGCAAGCGAAGCAAGUGCCAGCUGAUGUAGAAGCUGGGGGACUCAACGGUGCAGCAGCAAAGAACACAGCGAAAUAG